UCAACUUUUGAGCCUUUUAACCGCUAUCACUAGCCAUGGCAAAUGGCAGAUGCGACUUAAGAGUUAGACCCGUAAUAAUUCAAAGGGCGCGAUCCAGCCGUUGAAGACAUGCUUUGUCAAAGAUCUCGGAUGCAGACCAACUGUUCGUGUUUUUGUCAUAGCAAAAAACCAUGACCCAAAGCUAGAUUGAUGAUUAUUUACCAGUCUUUCCAUUUUGAUAAAAUUGCAAUGAUUUUUGAACGAUUCUCGCCUUUUAAAAAACUGUUUAGCCUCCUAAACCAACAAGUUCGCUCCUUUGCACGCGACCCAUUCCCCAACAAACUCACUCAUUACCUUCACCGAGCCAAGCUCAUCGACUCAAUCCGACUCGCUCUCCGUUCCAACUCUCCUAACUCACUCAACCCUCUUCUACAAACUCGCCUCCUUGACUCCGUCGUUGUUGCUAACGCUUUUCGUUCUGCUCCUUCAGCGGACUCUGCCAUUUCUUUCUUUGAAAACCUUAAGCAAGUUCCAAACUUUGCGCAUUCACAGAAUACUAUUUUUGCUUUUGCUACUGUUCUUGCUAAGUUCAAGCGAAAGGAGGAACUCAAGGCCCUGAUCGGUGACGCUAAAGAUGGAAAAUUUAACAAUGUUAAAGUCGGUUUCAUGAACCUUUUGUUUUGGUAUUCUACUGCUGGGGACCUUCAAGAAGUUUUGGAAACAUGGGAAGAGUAUAGGAAUGAGGAAAAUCGCCUAUCAACAGAGGCUCACAACAUUGUCAUGGGGCUUUAUGCUCAAAAGGGUAUGAAUUUUGAGGCCGUGGAAGCUUUUCGAGGUAUGAUUGAUCAAGGAGUGAUUCCAAAUUCCAGGACUUACACGAUUGUGAUAGAGCAUCUUGUAAGGUUAGGGAAGUUGGGUGCCGCUAUGGAAGUGUUCACUGUGUUGCCUUCAAUGAGAAUAAAGAGGACUUUGAAACAGUUUCUGAUUUUGGUUGAAGGGUUUGUUGGUGGAGAACGGUUUGAUGUGGUGAAAAGUUUGCUUAAAGAAAUGAGGGAGGAUGGGAAACUUCCUGGACGAGCAAUGCGAAUAUAUUUGGAACGAAUGAAGGAGGCAGGGUUUGCUGGUGAGACGGAUGAGUUUCUUGUAGAAAUGUUGCCUGAUGGAAGGAUCAAGAGUGUAGGUUCUUGUGAGGAUAGUAGUGACGAGGAUGAGGAUGGUGAUGAUGAUGUAAAUGAGGGAGUUGAUGUUCAUACGGUCAAACUGAAACCAUGGUUGGAUCCAAAAGCUUUGGCAAAUGCCUUAAAACAAUGGAGUCCUGAAGUGGUAACUAUAUUAGAAGAUGCUAAAUUUGUGUGGACUAGUAGGUUGGUUUGCAAAGUUCUGAGGAAUUUCAUUUCACCUGAGACAGCUUGGAAUUUCUUCUGUUGGGUAGCUUCUCAGCCAGGAUUCAGUCAUGACAUUUACACAGUGCAAAGAAUGAUGACUCUACUGGCACGCCAUGGAAAUGUUGAAUUAGUAGAUAAACUUAUAAAUAAAGUAAGGAGGGAGCAAAUGAUAUUGCCUUUCAGCACCAUCAGGUUGCUUGUUGAAUUCUAUGGCAUUUCAAAGAAUGCUGAUGCUGCCUUGAAGGUCUUCCGCGAUGAUAGAACUCUCUGUGGUCACAUAUCAAUGUUCAAUCUAAUGCUUUUAUACUCUUCUCUCUUGAGGGCAUUAACAAAGUGUCGUAGGAAUACAGAUGCCCUGGAUAUACUUGAUGAGAUGAUUCUAAAUGGUAUUUGCCCAGAUAUCCAGACAUUUUCUGGGUUGAUAUAUCACUUUGCACUACAGGGGGAUAUCAAAACUGUUCAGCAACUCUUUUCGAUGAUUAGACAGAGUGGCAUGGAACCAGAUGCCUAUAUGUUUAAGUUGUUAAUCCAAGCUUAUUGCAAGUGUCAGAGAGCUGCACUUGCAUAUAGAGCUUUUGUAGACAUGAGAAAUUCAAAUUUAAUGCCUGAUGCUGCCACAAAAGACUUGCUCGUGAAAAGUCUUUGGCAAGAAGGCAGGCGAAAAGAGGCUGUUAUUGUAGAAGAGAGGUAUGAGGAGACUGAUGGAGUCCUUCCACUGGCAUUGCGCGGUCAUGUAUGGACAGUUAGCUCUGAAGAUCUCACUAGAGUUUAUAGUAUUUAUUCCAACAGUGUUAUUGCCCUUGCAUAGAGUUGUUUGCCUUCUACAAAUCAAAGUAUUUAGACUUUAUUGUGGCAACCUUCUUUUUUCCUGCAAUCUUUCAGGAAUCUUAAUUUUUGUCUUAUGUUAUAUCUGGAUUGCAAUUUGCAAAUGUUAACUUGUUGAAUCAAAUUCUGAAAUGCAAUUUGAUAGAUAAGACUGGCUUAGCAAAUAAGGCCAGGAAAUUUUAUCUUGGGACUUGUAGGUAAACAUUGUUAGGGUUGCUUUUGGGAUUUUACUGUCAGAACUGCUUUCAGGAAAGAAAGCCAUGGUAACAAAAGGAAAUGAUGAGACUUUCAUGUUGUUGGAGAAUCUAAUGGAAGUCAUAGAAAUUGAAGGAAAGGAGAAGAGAAAAUGGAUUGAUCCGAACAUAGAGAACUUUUAUCCCAUCAAUGGUGCUCUAAGCUUGGCAGUAUUAGGUGAGGGUCUGCUCCAGGAGCAUCCUCUGACUGGCCAAGCAUGGUAGAAAUCGUCUUUAGCUGUUCUGUUCUUAUUUACUCAUCCUUUUAGAUACUGGAAGGCUCUUGGUCUUCCAGGAUAGAAACAGAAAUUGCUCAAGUCAUCAGUCCAAUGGUAGUUUUCAUGAAAAAAAAACAAUGUUCAAGUUUGCUUUGCAAAACCGGGAUUGAUCUAUUGUACAUAUUUUGCUUGGUUUUCAUUUUUUUAAGAUGUUUGGCUUGUCUUAUUUAUGUUAAUGAAGAAAAGCAACAGAUACAUUAUACAUGCACACAAUUUACAAAGAAUUGUGCAUUACUGAAAAUAUUAAUUUUAUUUAUCCAUGCUUUUAACGCCAUUCCGAUGGAAAGGGUUCUUCUGAUCGCUGUGCAUCCAGUUGAAUUCUCAACAGAUAUGAAACUACUUCAGCCAUGCUCAGUCUGCUUUCCGGUUCUUCUGCCAAGCAGUCGAUGCUCAAUUUCAACAUCUGGCGUGCAAGUUUCAUCCAGAGGUGUCCUUUCAGUUCCAGCAGAAGAACCCCAAAGGCAUAUAUAUCCAUCUCAGGUGUCACCAAGCCAUACUCAAUGUAUUCAGGUGCCUUGUAACCCUUUGUUCCGAGAGAACUCCACAUCGAUGAUUUUCUGCUAUCUUCUCUUUCUGCUGAUCGUGCUAGACUGAAGUUUGAAAUCUUGGCCCUCAAAUCUCGAUCAAGCAGCACGUUGUCACUACAAAUAUCUUUAUGCACAUAUGCUGGAGUGGUGAAGUUGUGAAGAUAAUGAAGCCCAUUAGCAACAUCUAAAGCAAUAUGAAGUCUAUAACCCCAUACCUGGAAUUUCUGGCAACUCUUGUUUUGAAGCCAUUCUUUUAAAGAACCAUUCUCCAUGAACUCAUAAACAAGGUAAAAGACACCAGAGUGCUCACAAGCCCCACGAAGGCUUAUUAGAUUGAAAUGAUUAAUCCUUUGCAGCAAGCUUACCUCUUUAUCUACAGCUUUGCUCAUUUGUUUUAUGGCUAGCAAUUCUCCCUUGAGAACACCUCGAUAAACAGAGGCACCCAUCUUGUAUUUGUUGCUGAAAUUUUCUGUAGCCGCCUCUAGAUCUUUGAAAUCGUAAACUUUCAAAUUUUGAUC